AUGGGACAGAUUGACGAAGUCAACGAUGGCAGAGUUGUCCGCGAGACUUCCUCCACGAGCUCUCCUUCCAAUCUUUCGCCACAGCCAACUUACGCGGAAGAGAUGCCGGAGGAGAAGAAGAACUUAUGGCAGAAGUUCAAGACUCCAGGCUCGGUGUUACAAAUCAUCGCUGCUGCUUUGCUCGCUAUUGCGAUCGGUUUGAUUGUCACCACUCAGGUGGACGAGAUACCUGAUGCGGCUGUUGCUCUGCUUGCAAUUCCUGGUCAGCUAUGGCUGCGCGCCCUGAGAGCUGUUGUCCUUCCCAUGAUUGUAACGGCAAUGAUCAUGGCUAUUCAGCGUCUGCGCACCAUGACCCAGGGUGGCGGCAAAGCCGGCAAACUCGCUCGCUGGACUAUUGGCUACUACGUGAUCACGACCGUCAUCGCAGUCGCGCACUCUUGUAUCCUUGUCGGUCUCGUCUGGUCGAAACUCAUGACUGUAGUCAGCGGUGACCAGUUGCAAGUCGACGAGUCGGACCAAGAGACCAUUGACGAGCGUCAGGCUUUUGAGAUCCACGAUGUCGUUGUCGACAUGUUCUACUCCCUGGUCCCAAAUAACGUCGUCAACGCCAUGGCCACUGACAGUCUGCUUGCCGUAUUGGUCACCGCCGUGGUGCUGGGCUACUGUAUCAAGCCUGGCAGCGCCCUCAUCCGCGCCGUUGAGGAGAUCGAACAGAUCAUCAUGAAGAUCAUCACUUUCCUCAUCUACCUGGCGCCGGUCGGUGUCUUCUUCCUCAUCAUGCCCAACCUUUUCCGUCUCGACAUCGCAGAAAUUGGUCAGAACCUCGGCAUCUUGAUCGGUGGCACACUGUGCGGUAUGGUUCUACACCUCUUCAUUAUCAUCCCGAUCAUCUUCUUCGCCUUUACACGCAGGAACCCGUACACAUUGUGGAUGCGCUGCAGUCCAGCCUGGGUUACCGCAUGGGGAACUGCGAGCUCAGCUGCGACUCUCCCAGUCACUAUUCGAUGUGUCUUGGCUCAAAACGUCCCGGUUACGGUAACUAAAUUCGCCGUCCCUUUGGGUUGCUUGAUCAACAUGGACGGUACAGCCAUCUACUUCCCUAUUGUCGUUAUUUUCCUGGCUGCCACACAGGGUAUCACGCUUAACGCUGCUGACUACAUCAUCGUUGUCCUUCUCUCCACACUGGCAUCCAUCGGCACGACGCCCAUUCCAAGUUCGAGUCUAGUACUCGUCGUUAUGAUCUGCGGCUCUAUCAACGUUCCCGUCACUGGGAUGUACGCUGUUGUCGUGGCCAUCGAUUGGUUCCUGGACCGCUUCCGUACUAUGGUCAACGUCAGCUGUGACGUCUUCGCUGCUGUCAUCGUCACAAAGAUUACUGGUAUUGUGGAUGACCCAGAGGAUGAGCUUCAUGAUGCGCACGCAGAUUCCGCUCAUGGUGCGAAUGUCGAUCCGAACACAUUGCGCGAGACGCAUGGCGAGGGCAAGGUGUAA